UGAAGUUGAAGCACUGUGACUGCCUGUGUCUUAACCUACAUCCGAGGCUUCUCUUGACCAGACGUUCUCUCGCUUUCUGGGAGGAAUGGAUCCUGUGGAGAGACAGCGAUGAAAACCAGAACCCACAAAGACCCGAUGCCCGUGCGUAGUGGGCGUAGGAGGGGGGGCAGCGAGGAGAGGAGGGGCAGACGUCCUCACCCCAGCCCCUCUCGAGCAGAACGAACUGAAAGACAAACACAGAGAGCCGCAGGAGAGGAGCUGGCUGUGGGAUGCUUCAGCAGGCGCUCUCAGGGACAUGAUUCGUCUGAAAGCGAGGGAGAGGACCUUGUACCUCCGCCAAAGAGGCAGAAAGUUCAGGACUCGUUGCCUAAUGCCCCAACUUCAACCCAUUCAACUGACACCACAACUGCAGCCCCAAACCCAACCACGUGCAACAGCCAAUCACGGGAGAGUGACAACGAAGAUGGCCAGUCACAAGGCAGCCGCAGCUCAGUCGGUGGGAGUCUAGCUAAUAGUAGCAGUAGCAUUAGCAGUGGGCGGGACAUUGAUCAAGACAAUCGGUCAUCUUCCCCAAGUCUCUCUGCCUCCCCGCUGGCCAGUCUGGAUUCUGAGUCGGACUCCCCGGACUCACCAAAGCAAGGCAGUAAGACUAAGGACGGGGGAGCGUCUAAAUCCGGAGGGGAAGAAAGGAGGGGAGCAGGGAGGGCAGAGGAGAGUGGCAAUGGGGAACGCAAAGAUGGCGAGAGUGGGACUGAGGUAGAUUUAUCCUCCCUGAAAUCACCAGCUUCCCUCUGUCCUCCCCAACGCGGAGACUCUGCAGGCGUCGGCGUAAGCGACAGUGGCAGCAGGAAGCCGUACUUCUCACUCGACUCCAAACUGCCACUGAAAAUGGAGUUUUCCGGGCCCAUAGGCAGUGAUUCUCUGCACGGCUGUGGCCGCAUUAACCCCAAAACUGUCUCACAGUGUGGAGGCAAGGCAGGAGUGGGAGGGACAGAAUAUCCCCAUGGAAACCCUAGUGUUGGCCAUGCACCCCCACUCCCCCCUCCACCUGCUCUAAAGCCUCUGGAGGCAGGGCAGAGCAUUCCAGUUGACAUUAAAACAGAAAAAGCAGAGAAGUGUGACAAGACCGCCCCACCCUCUCUGCUCCCACAGACUGGCUCCUUACCGCAGCAAACCCCGCCUCCUCCACACACACAUCACUACAGUCCCACUACCUGGUCAGGUGGACAUGUCUCCAAUUGCCCUGGCAGUUGGGGAUACAACCGUUACCCAGGUGUUCAUCAUGCACCUCCUGUGCAACAGCAGCAGCUGCCAUCUGUGUACAACCCUCCUUCAUCCAAUCGUCACCAGUCUCACCCACCUUACCUGCCUCAUCCACAUCCCCAUCCACACAGGGAGUACCUUCCCAGGUAUGGUGGGCCGACAGAGAGGGAAAGGUCUGUGAGGGAAUUUGGUAUUAAGGACGGAGCUUCAAGCACAAACAGCUGUGUCAAUACCUGCAGCACCGGUACAAGUGGUUCCAACAUGGGUCGGGACUUUGGAAAUCAAACACCAAGCCAGAACCGGGACUACGGAAACAUUGGAUCUCUGCCACCAAGCCGGGAUGGACCUCCAGGAGGUCGGGAUUAUGGUCCAGGUUUUAGAGAGCGGGAUGUUGGAAGAGACUUUCCUUUGCCAAACCAACAGCACCUAGCACAGAGCCGAGAGUUUGGACCUGGAGGGCCAGGAGUGGGAGGGUGUCAUCCCAGAGAUAAAGAAGGCAGAUGGGGAGAGUUUGCGGGGCAGAUGAGAGAAACAGGGGGAAACAGUAAUCCCAGUAACAACAGCCAAGGGAAUGUUAGCACCCCAAGCACUGGUUUGCCUUCUGCGCAGCUGCUGAAUCGCGAACCACCAAAUUCCCCCCAGAACAGCUCAGCCCAUCCUCCUUUGUCCACUUCGAACUCAGUCACCCCAAACAAAGACUAUCAGUCUUCAGCAGAGGUCAGUGUGCAGCAGCCCGGGCAGGGGCAGUCCCCUCAAGCUCCCUCCUCCGGAACAGACGCUCCCCCCACAGGACACUUCUUAAGGGAUUACCCUCCUCCAGGGGCACCCCCUUCAUCUAUCCCUCAUCCUGGUGCAUCCAGGGAGUACCCCAGCCCUACUGGACUUGCUCCAAAUCUUGGUCGAGACUAUGCAGGCGGACCCCCGGUUUCCCACCCAUCACACUCACACUACGGACUCCAGUCGGCCAGUUUGGCCAUGCAGUCCAGAGAGCGUGAGAGGGAAAGAGAGAGAGAGAGCGGUGCUCCGGCUGCCCUCUAUCCCAAUCGCAGUCAUCCACCAUCCCUUUCUCCAUCUUCGUCUUCCUCUUCACAUGGACAUCCAACUGCCACCCCUUACCCCCCUCCCCCUCUUCCCCCUCAUCCUCCUACAUCCCAUGGACAGGCCCCGCCUCCUCCCACACUUACAGGCAGUCAUUCACGCCCAGGUCCGUACCCCUCAUCCAAUCAGAGCCCGCCGAAACCCAUCUCUCCGCUUCCUAGCCCCUCAACCAAUCAGAUUGGAGUAUUCCCUCCAUUUCCACCAACUUCUGCUCCUGCAUCGAACGUACCACUUCCUGCAUCAGGUGCAGCCACUUCCUGUCUCACUGGCUGCAGACCUGCCCCCUAUCAUGGCACUUUAAAUAGUCACGCCCCUUUUACUAGCUCUUACCAUAGCAGUGCUAACAAUAGCAACGCUUUGGCGACAAGCAAUACGAACAACGUCAUUCCCAACAGCAGCAGUAGCACUAACAGCCACGUGCAGUUGCACUCUCCUCAGCACUCCAAAAUUCAGCCACAUCUGUGCAGCUCUUCCCAACCAACUGCAGCACCACCCACAUCCGCAGGAACAGACGGACACUCUGAUUCAUCCUCCUGUCCUUUGCCGCCCGUCAUAAAGGAGGAGCCAGUAGAGGAAAGGGAGGAGACCGAGAGUCCGCCCCCUGUUCUCAGAAGCCCCUCCCCAGAGCCAAAACCUGUUGACAUUCCAAUUCACGCCAGCCAAUCAGCUCGGUUCCACAGGGUACUUGACCGAGGCACGGGGAACUCGUGUGCCCGCACAGACGUUCUCUUUGUUCCUUUGGAUGGUUCUAAGCUUUGGAAGAAGAGGAACGAGGCCAUUGAGCGGGCCCGCAGAGAAGUGGAGCAGAGAGCACGAGAUCUGAGGGAGAAAGAGAGGGAACGAGAGAGGGAGAGAGAGAGAGAGAGGGACCUGGAGAGACACUUGCAGCAGAAGGAGAGUAACUGCAGCUCUAAUGCAGGUCUGGCUGCUGCGGGUGCACGUCAGGGCUCCUCUCUCUUUUUCUCCCCUCCUUCCUCCAUCCUCCUGGACCCUUCCUCAUCCUCCUCUCCCUGCGUGAACCCGUCACACCCCGCGGUCCACGCACAGCAACAUGCUGCCCACCAUGCAGCCCAUGUCCACUCCCUGCACCCCUCCCUCUCUCACUCUAUCCCCCACUCCCUCCUCCUGCCCUCUAUGGCUGGGGGAUCAGCGGUAAUGGCGGGCCCCCAGGGGCACCUGGGGAUCGGGCUCGGAGGGCCCUAUCUGGGUCCCGAUACACCGGCGCUAAGGACGCUAAGUGAAUAUGCCCGUCCCCAUGCCAUGUCUCCACUUGGCGCCGCCAGCCGAGCGCAGGCCCACCACCAUCACCUACACCCCCACCCACACGCCCAUGUACACCCAUCACUCUUUUUACCCCAAUUCCAAAACCCAGCACUCGCCCACCCACACCACCUCCCAGCAGACGCAGCCACGGCGGCCGCGAUCCUGGGGUUUCUUUACGGCGGAGGACUGGAGGGAGCCCCCCCUCACCCCGGAGUGGGACCUGGGCCUGGGGGCAUGGCAGGACCAGGACUAGGUGGGGUUGGCUUUCCCCAUGCAGUGGCGGCGCACAGAGAGCGGGUGAAGUCCGGGUUUGAGUUUAAAAGUGAGGAGCGCGUGUACGACCCGGCACUGCCACUUGCACACACGCACUCGCACACACACUCUCACUCUCUGCUGCUGGCAGGCGGGGCUGGAGGUGGAGCCCCAGCCAGUGAGGUUGCACUUUACGGAACGCCUCCGCCUCCGGCCCCGCCCCCACAAGCCAUCGCCACCGCACCCAGAAAUCCAAACCCAAUCCCCCAGCCUCUUUCAGCCCCCCCAACUUCGUCUUUACUGCCUCCCUCCCUUCCUGCCCAUGCCCCCCCUCCCGUGGCACCUUCCGCUCCGGCCCCGCCCGCACCGCCUCCUCCUCCAGCCCCGCCUCCACCUCCUCCACCCUCAGCCUCCUCUCACCAUCACCCUUCCCCUCACUCUUCACACUCCACCCCCCACCCCGCCCCACAGGCCCCGCCCCCUGAAGGAUACUCCACCCCAAGCCGUACCCCACCCAGCACGGAGCGAGCGAGGAGCGUGGAGAGGGAGCGAGAGAGGGAGAGAGACAGAGUGCUGACCAGUGGAGAGAGGGAGCGCGAGAGGGAAAGGGAAAGAGAGAGGGAGAGAGUUGUGCCAGCAGGAGGCACAGGAGGAGGUGGGGGAACAGCAGGAGGAGGUGAAAGGGGAGGAGGAUCUGGAGGAGGAGGAGGUGAAAGGGGAGGAGGAUCUGGAGGAGGAGGAGAAAGAGAGAGAGAGUCAUUGGGAAGACUGCAGAUGCUGAAUGUGACUCCGCAUCAUCACCAGCACUCGCAUAUACACUCUCACCUGCAUCUGCACCAGCAGGAUACAGCGGCAGGGGGCGUGCACCCCCUGAUGGAUCCUCUGACGACGGGAGCCCCUCUGACACGGCUGCCGUACCCAGGGGCCACACUGGGGCCUCCCAUAAUCACACACCCCCUCACCGACAGCGAGGUGCUCCGACAGCAGCUCUUCGGUGGUCCGUUCCGUGAGCUGCCCCAGCCCUCGUCUCUGGGGGGCUCCAUGUCUGCGGCUCACCAGCUGCAGGCCAUGCAGCAGGCCCAGAACGCCGAGCUGCAGAUCCAGAGACUGGCGCUGGAGCAGCAGUGGAUCCACCACCAUCACCAUCACUCGCUCACACAGGAUGAGUUUUACAGCCACUUGAAGAAAGAGAGCGACAAAACGCUGUGAGAGAGCGAUGAACAGAAAACAAAACACAAAGUGAAGAAGGGAAAAAGUGCAAAUAAAACAAGUGGAAGAUGGAAUUAAGGAAAAACAAAUGGCUGCUGAAGCAGAUGUUGAACUGUCAGCACACAAAUCACACUAACAAACUGGAAAUGAACAAUAAAAAAGACAAAACAAUCCUCUUACAACCCAGGAGAGUGAUGUUUGUUCAGAAUAUCCUGAAGAGGACCUGACUGCUUACCUUGUCAGUUGGCCUGAUGCAUUGUGGACCCAGCGGCAGGGUUUGGGCUAUGGUGAAGUAUAUGUACAGUACAUUACACCAGAAAGAAUGUCUAAAGAAGAAGUUCUCUUUUAUGUCUUUGCAUGUAGCUAGAUACGAAAAAGCCCAGUGGGCUAAAAUCUGACUUUUUUUCUAGUGAACUCCUUUGGCACUCUAAGAGAGUGGGUUUGGUAUUGAGUAUGCAUGUAAUCAACACUCAGCUGUCAUAUUCCUUUCUUUGUAGUAUUGUUAUUAUUAAUAUAAAUGUUGUCUGUUUGUUAAUAAUUAUGUAAUUAUAUAAACAUAUUAUUUUGUGUUAUUUUUUUACAUUUUCAUGGUAUUGUUUAUUUUUAGUUUUUUUUUAUUUUGAAUUUUACUCGUGAAAAAAAUGCAAGAUUCAACCUGAAGGAAGAAGAAAAAAAAUCUGGAAAUAAAAUAUCAUUUUUCCUAAA